AUGGACCCCAUUGAAGUUACCUCAGAUGGAAAAUAUAGUCAAUCUAUGGGAAACAAAGAAAUUUGCAUUCUCAUUGUGGAUGAUGAUCAUACAUGCUGUGCUAUUGUGGCUAAAAUGAUCCAAUCUCACACUACUUACAAAGUAUUGCGUACCGGAGUUGCUUUUGAGGUUUUAAAGACGAUAGAGAAGAGAAAGGACAGAUUCAAACUUGUUUUAACCAAUGUUCACAGGUACAUUGUUGUGAAGUGUUUCUCCUUCUCCGGCUACAUAGAUUUCUUGACAGCCACGGCUGAGCAGCAUCUGCUUCCUUCUCGCUGCUCAAAACGUGAAUGA